UCAAGAUUAUUUAUCGUUACCCACAAGAAGUCCUUCAUGAACGGAUAAAUUAUGGGUAUAUGGCGAUCAAAGAAGAUAAACAUGUAAAGAUGAUGUUUAAUAGGAUCCAGAAAAUGCCCCAAGUAAAUGCUGCUAAGUUGUAUGUAAGUUUGGAGGCGCUUGCAGAUAACACUACUGAGGUGGUGCAAGAAACAACUACGGCUUUACAAUUUACAGCCCUAGAUGAUAGAUGCACUACAAUGGGAGGGUAUACAAUGGGAGGGUAUACAAUGGAAGGGUAUACGAUGGGAGGUUAUACGCUCCCAUCUCAAGAUCAUGUUGCUAAUACUAGUGAAACCCUCUAUCCUCAACAGACACAUUUAGAGGAGGAAGACGAAGACGAAGAUCAUGUUGCGAAUGAUGGUGAAAAUGUUGAGGUUGUGGAUGAGUACGAAGAGAGGAUUGAGCAAGGCGACUUUGAGAACGAUGUGGAUGAACAUGAAGUCGUUCCCAAUUUUGAAGAGGAAAAUAUGGAGCACCAUGAUGAAGGUGAUGCAAAUGAUGAUAUUGGUGUCCAGCAUAAUAGAAAUACGACCACUGGCUACAGACCUCCUGCUGAGUCAUUCUACUCAAAUACUUGGGAAGAUAUGGUUGAUCCUUCACGUCUUCAGAUACCAUUUGUCUCUACUUGGGAAGAUGGGAUGCAUUUUUCUAAAGGGUUGGCUUUUGCAAAUAAAGAGGCGGUGAAGCAUGCAUUGAUAAUAUACGCAGCAAAUGAUAAUAGAAAUUUUAUAAUCCGGAGGUCGACCAAAACGAAAUUGUGCGCCGCAUGUGUUGACGACAACUGCAAGUGGUAUGUUGGGGCAUACAUGAAGACUAAAUUCAAUGGUAUGUGGAUGGUCACGUCUUAUGUGGGUCCACACACUUGUAUACCCUUUGGCCUAAAAAGAGAUGGUAGAAUGAUGGAUUCGCAUUUUGUUGCAUCAGAAAUUGUGGGAAAAUUGCAAAAAAAUCACACUGCACGUAUUGAUGAGCUAUGGGAGAUCAUACGUACUAAGUAUAAUCAUGAGCUUUCUUACUAUAAAGUAUGGGACGCAAAACAAAAGGCAAUUGCUAAGAUAUUUGGGGAUUGGGAGGAGUCUUACCAAAAGUUGCGAAAGUUGUUGUUGGCAUACUUGGAUGAGGACUCAGAUUGAUCCACGCCAUC